UCCUUUUGCAAGCUUUCGCUUUAGAUGGUGGAAAGGAGUGAGUGAGUGGUUGCUCCUCUGACUGGGAGGGCUUAGUGGGGACCCCGGUGUCAGAGACUCUGCAGAGAUCACUGCAACUUAUGUCCGGCUCUGCUUUGUCCCUUUCCUGGGAACCAACUGCCUCUAGGAGAUGAGGAAUUUGUGGCCCCAGCAUUGGACUCAGAGGCAGAGGACUGGGUUAUGUGAGCAGCUUGGGGCAGGUGUAAAUUCUGAGGGCAUUAUUUGUGGUCUUCUGGGGUCCUUUUGACUCUGAAAUUUCUCCAGCUCUGUGUUUAGAGAUGCUCCAGGAAGUCACAGCCUUUCAUAGGUGGGAGAACAGAGAAGAAGCUCUAAAGAUAUGGAAGGGCACUGCAGUCGCUCCUUGCUCUGCUGUCUCGCUUCCCUGCUUCUCCUUGUCCAGCUGUCCACAGAGCAAUUCCAGGUCAUUGGCCCUCGACACCCCAUUUUGGCAGUGCUGGGUGAGGAUGUCAUACUUCCCUGCACCCUAGUUCCAGCCAUGAAUGCAGAGAACAUGGAACUUGGGUGGUUCCGCACCACAUUCUCACAAACAGUGUUCAUCUACUGGAACCAUUGGGAACAGACUGAGGAGCAGAUGGCUGAGUACAGAGGGCGGACUUCAUUGGUGAGGGGCUGCCUUACUGAGGGGCAUGCUGCCAUGCACCUCCGCCAGGUCCGGGUUUCUGACAAUGGAAUGUACACCUGCUUCUUCAGACAUGGAGGCUUCUAUGAAGAGGCUGAUUUGGAAGUGAAGGUGGCAGGUAUGGGCUCUGACCCCCAAGUGCACAUAGAAGGGCCAGAAGAGGAUGGAGUGCGCUUGGUGUGCAAAGCCUCAGGAUGGUUCCCAAAGCCCCAGGUGCAGUGGAGAGACCUCAGUGGAAACAAGUUCCCAGCGCUUUCUGAAACCCACUCCCAAGACACUGAGGAGCUGUUUAGUGUGGAGGCCACUCUGGUGGUGAGAGACAGUUCUGUGGGGAAUGUGACCUGCUCUGUCCUCAACCCUGUCCUGGGCCAGGAGAAGGCCAUGGCUAUUUACAUCCCAGAGCCCUUCUUCCCUCAGGCUUCUCCCUGGAAGCCAGCAUUUGCUGUGAUCCUGACCAUGCUGGGGCUCCUACUCUUGGGGGCUUGCUAUUUUAUCAGAAAAGCACAUUCCAGAAGGAUGCAGGUGAGGCAGGAAAAGGAGCAUCAGCAGCGGCUUAAGAAGCAGGAACAGCAGGCAAAGGAAGAGGUGCUGAAGACCAUUGAUGAACUCAAGGCAGAUCUCAAUCAGAGGAAAGCUGCUUAUCUCUCUGCCUGGAGGAAGGCCCCCCUGUAUGCAGUUGUAGGUGGACUCAAUACCUUUAUUUUAUUUUUAUGUGGUGCUGAGAAUUGAACCUAGUGCCUCACGCAGGUAGGGGAGCACUCUACUUCUGAGCCACAACUUCAGCCCUAAAUUAUUCUUCAUUUUUGGUAAUUUCCCUAAUGUCUUAUUUAAUUUUAAUUUUGUUUUUUCAUGUUGUGGUGUGAGGAGUGAACCUGUUCUAGGCUCAUCCUCCCCUGCAGGUUAGGGUUAAAUGCACCCUCUGAAAACAUUGUGUUUGACUGGUAUUUGUUGUUGGUGCAGUGACACUGGAGAGUUCAGUUGUGGGCAGAGCCUGGAUGGAGCAGGUUGGAACUGUGGAUAGGAAUUGCUGGUCUCCAUGAAAUUUCAGAAAUCAUAUUUGACAGCUUAGGACUUACAUCUUCCUAAUGUGGGGCCUUGAUUCUCUAUUCCCUUUACCCUGGAUUUUUAUCGUUUGGGUCCAUGUUUGGUUUUCUUGUUUCUUCAUGGUCCUCUGGAUAUUGGUCUUCUCUCAGCCACCUCCUACUCUGACUCACUGUCCUAGUUUGGUUUCUUCUAAGCAUCUAGGUUGCUGAGAAAUGAGUUUCUGGUGUUCAGAAUUUGGGGUCCAGGAUGCUAGGGGAUCUGAGAACCACUUGAAAUUAUAUGCAAAGUCUGUGUUUGUGUUUGUGUUACAGGAACACAAUGCAAUUUAUAUUGAUUACAACACUUUUCUCUGAUUUUAAGAGAAUUUUGCUUUGCCUGUUGGGCUUGGUCUUUGUUGUUGUUGUUGUUUUUAAAAUGUGUGAAGAUCAUAAAAGGAGAAACCUGGAGAGUUUAAUAUUAUUUACCCAAGAAAGGGUAGAGAACAAACCAGAGAAGAAAGGAUGAGGUAGGAGGAGAGAGGAAGUCAAAAGGAAAGUAGAGUGCCCAAGAUUCACAUAGACAUUUUGGUUGUGCUGAAGCAGUGAGAGCUGGAAGAUCACAUCCAAGGUGGUUUGAGUUGAGUGUGAAGAGGAUUUGCAGGUUCUUUGUGUGCCUGAAAUGUAAUCAAUUCCUUGAUACAUCUUUGAGAGUUUUCAGUUAAUACAUUGUCUGUGUGUGUGUGUGUGUGUGUGCGUGAAUUCCAUUAAUCUAUUUCUAAGUAAUCAUCUCAUUGAGUUUGCUUGUGAUAAUGAGACCACCUGAACCUUCCAGUAGUAGUUAGGAAAGGCAUAUGCUAAGGCAGUUUCCAAUUCAAUGAAAAAUUAUCCAGAGGACUCUUUAACUCUGGGGGUGAGUUUAGGACCUGUGCCAUCUGAAUUUGUACAAUAUGCCCUUUUCCUACUCUGGAUGUUUCUUUUUCACAUCAGGGAUAUAGACUGUGAGUGACAGAGGAAGGUGAGCCAUGGCAUCAAGAGGCUUUGGAUUCAGAUAUUUGAGGAACAUUCUUUGAGAAUCUUAAUGAUUUUCCUGGGGACAUUUUUAUUAAAAAAGAAGAAUCAAAUUGUCUUUAUUUUUACCAUCUCCCCAUUCUCUACUGAAUUAAUAUCUAUAUGUUUUCAUGUAUAAAUUGCAUACUCUUUUAUUUUGUAAGAAUAAACACCAUAACUCUACUAGAAUCAACACUGUCAUAUUGAGAGGUCCAUAGUGUGAGGUGGACAAAUGUCUAUCUCAUCUUGUUCAUGAAAUUGUAACAAUGAGCUAUAUAUUCAAAUUUUCAGUGGGAAUUAUAUGAAGGCUGCAUUAAAGUGCAUAGCAUGGCACUUGACACACUGGAAAGUCUCAAAAGGUUUUUCUCUUUCAUUCCUUCUUUUCUCCCCCAUCUGCUUCCUUCUCCUCCAUUUUCUUCUUCUUUUUUUUUGAUAUUCUCAGUCAGGUAUUAUAUAGAAAAUUAUAAUUGGAUUUUAUCUAAUAUCUUGGUGAAAAAUGAGCAAAACUUACUUUUCUCCAAGGAUCAUCUGGGUCUGCUCAGACAUUUUAUAUGAUCUAGUUUCUAUUAAGCAACUCCACAAAGAUGGAAAUACCAAUGUAUAUGAUUGAACCUGUAUUAGUGGAAAUAUGGGGCACAAAUUUAAACACAAAUCUUUAAGAAAGAAAAAAUUUUGGUUAAUGACCUUCCUAUCCUGUUCCGAAAAUGGAGUAUGGAGGUUGGAGGAGACUUAUGUGGCUUUGGAGCAGUGGGGGAAGAGGGACCAUGGGUUUUCUCUUAGUUAUUUCAGGUCUUCACCAUCAGGAGGCUAGUCUAAACUGGUUCAUAAGACCCUUGGUUUGGUGUCUCCUGAGUAAAGGCAGGUCUCAUCUCAUUGCUUGGUCACCCUUCCCGGACCCUGAGGUAAAGUCCAAAGUCUGUGUCACUUAUUCCUAGUAGCCAUUGGGUUUUUUCCUUUAACCUUCAGACUUUCUCUGGUUCACUGACUCACUGGGAACCUGCCUUUUCACCAUCCAGCAGAGCAUGUGAGACUUUCUGGGUCCUCAGCUUCCCGAGUGCAGGAGACACAGAGAUUCAUGUUUUCUGCCAGCACAUUUCUCUGCCAGUGCUUUUUUCCACAUGGGGUGUGUCACCUAAGUGGGCAUAUUAGCUUUCUAUUUGCUGCCAUGUUAGUACAAAAUUAGUAGCUUCA